UCGCACAAUUUGUUUAAUAUUUAUUAUGAGAAUACUUGGGUCAUUCUACACGAAAUGUGUUUGUUUUGUCCCUGUGUUUUGUAAGACCCUCUGAAAUACUAGUAUCUAAAAAUAUUCAUUAUUUUAAGCAAAAUAUCAUUGUAUUGUCAUUUAGGAACAUGAAAAAUGAAUACAAAGUAAUGUUACAUGUUCUCAACAUUAUGGAAAUAUUAUGAUUUCAUGCAUACUAAGCAAGUGUGACAUGUCCCCAAAUGCACUUCACAAGAUAUAGCAUGUUUUUGUGGGCAUUUUAUGUGUCUAAUUGGCCAAAACAUGUUAAUGUAUUUUAUAGUGUAAUAUAAUAUGCCCAAAAUAAGAUUAAUAGUUCUUCUUUAGUAUUCCGGUAUCAUUCAUAAAGGCCUACAAAUGUUGUCCCCAACUCCUAAGUCAACUAAGUUACCAGAUGAAUAUUUGCCUUGCACGGGGAGGUAACUCCAUUAACACUGACUUAACAAUCACCAGAGGGCAUUUACACAAGUUGCUUUCGGCGGGAACUUCCAAGAAGAGUGUUUUUACUCAAAGAAGUUUCAUUUUUAAUUUCAUGGAUCUAUGUUUUAGGUGAGUACUUUAAUUAAAUGUCAUCUAAGUUACCAAUAGUUUUAAAAAUUAGUUAUCAGUAUAUAAAAUGUUAUAAAUCCUAUGGAAUAUCUAUAUAGUUCUGAUGCCAGUAUCAGCCCCAUCAAUAGUGAAUGAUGUGUUGUUUGCAUCUAAAAGUCAAAUGAGUGCAUUAACGUCAACUAAGUUACCGUCACCUAAGUUACCAUGUUGUGGUAACUUAGUUGACAAAAGGUAACUUAACUGACUAAAUUCAUUACAGGUCUCUUAAAAUGUGUCAGCAAAACCCCACUAAACCAUAGAACAUUACCAGUUAGGCAAUGCUUUAAGGCAGAAGCGUAUUUUGAGGUGGUAUGGGAGGAGACGGAAAGGGAAGGGGUGUUUUUUUAAACAGUUAUGGGACAUUUUCAAAACAAUCUCUCUCUCUCUCUCUCUCUCUCUCUCUCACACACACACACAUAUAAAAGUGAAUACAAAAUUUGAAGGCUAGUUUUUCUACUAUAAUUAUGUUUUAAAUCAAGUAUUACCUUAAGAAAUAAAUAAAACAUACAAACAGAAUAUGCAGUAAUGUUUAUAUUAUGUCAAGUUAACCAUGAAAAGAGGUGAGAUCACAAGAGCAUUACAUAAUUUUAGAUGGAGGAACAAUAUUGAGUUACAAAUCAGUAUAUGCAAAAGGGGGUAUAAAAUAACCCUGUUUUGCAUUACAUAUUUACUGGACAUCCACCUAUUAGUAUAGCCUAUAGAUUUUAUUUCAUUCUUAGAUUAUGGCACUAACCAGCACUGAAAAACAACGGCGCUAUCGACAGAAAAGAGAUCAGGAUGUCAAAAAACGGGAAGAGUAUCUUCGAAAAGGUAGACAGCGAUGGAUGCAAUAUAAAGCAAGUGGCAAGGUGAAGGCAAUAUCCGAGAAGUCUCCAAGAGAACAACGCCAGCAGAGGAAAGCAUGGAGACAUAGUCAAAGAGCAUCACAUGCCAGAAAGAAGGAUCGGCAAGCCCAACUAACACCACCGACAUCUCCAGUAGAAGGAAUUCCCCAUCCUGCAAUGCAUUCUAGACAGCAUAUACAAGGUUGGAAGAAGGUGAAAAAGGACAGGGCUGCCUGUUAUCGAGCAAACCAGAAGCUAGAAAUCCUUGUUCAGCAACAGAAGCAAAUGCUUGAGAUGUAUAAGAAGAGAUAUAGCAGGUUAAAGAAUAAAAUAACACCUCUGAUGCUGAUAGUCCUCGAACAAAGACUAGAAAGCUACUACGACACCAACAAGUAAAUGUGAAUGUCCGUAGAACCUUAACCACCAUGCACUUGUUCGUUCAUUAAAAACACAGUUUAAUAAUUGCCAAAAACAGAAUGAUAGAUAUGUUGUUGCUCAUGUUGUAAUGAAUAACAUCACAAAGAGAUACCGUAAAAUAGCCCAGUCCUCCACAGGCUUCUCCAGGAGGAGAUGGGAAGCUUCUAAGAAGCACACCACACCAGGCCUGCCCAGAAAGCAUCGUGCCGCCUCAAAGAUGGCUGAAAAACUCAAACAACAAGUGAAGAUGUUCUACAUCAGAGAUGAUAUUAGUAGGAGCACAACUGGAAAGAAGGAAACGAAAACUAGGAACAAGCAAAAGAAACAGAAACGACUUCUGAGUGAUAGCAUGUACAAUCUACACAAGAAAUUUUUGUCUGAAUACCAAGGGCGAAUAUCUUAGUUUAUUUUGCCGAUUACGUCCAUAUUGGGUCAUGAUACCAUCAUCUGCUGACAGAAAUACAUGCCAGUGUAAACUGCACGAAAACCUGGCUUUCAAAGCUAACAAAAUGAAACAAAUUCAUUUAGUCAACACCGAAAACCUGGAAGAGUUAGUAGCCAAAGUAGUAUGUCAUGUUGACAAUAAUGAAUGCAUGUAUGGAGAAUGCAUUCUGUGCAAGGAUACACCUUUACCCAUUACCUAUGCUGAUGAGGUGACUGCUCAGGAUGAAAUCUGGUGGUGGGAGUGGACUACCAAGACUGAAGAGAGAGACAAAGUAAAAGGAGAAAAGCAAGAGAAAUACAGUUCACUUCACUGCAAAGGAGAGGGCACAUGGCACUGUUGGCACACUCACAGAUCAAUUCUUCAUGGAUUUGCUAAAAUUUAAGAAACACAUGUACAACAUUAAACACCAAUACAAAAAAUACAGAGAGGUCAGAGAAAAUCUCAAAGUAGAUGAAGCACUACUACAUAUUGACUUUGCUGAGAAUUAUGCAGGAAAAUAUGCAAGUGAAAUUCAAAGCGUGCAGCAGGUAACACUUCACACAGGAGUAUGUUACAUCAAAGGAAGAGAUCCCCUAACUUUUUGCACUGUGUCGCCAUGCAUGGAUCAUAGUCCAGCUGCUAUCUGGGCUUAUCUGGAUCCUGUCCUCAGAUAUAUUAAGGUGGAGCACACUCAAGUAUCAACCCUUCAUGUCUUCAGUGAUGGACCAGUGACACAAUACCGACAGAAGCAGAACUUCUUUCUCAUGUGUACCAAACCAUUUCAAACUGGUUUUAAUGUGAUGACCUGGAACUUCUUUGAAUCCUCACAUGGGAAAGGCGCUCCUGAUGGUGUAGGUGGUGCCAUCAAGCGAAGUGCUGACCGCUUGGUAGCUCAUGGCAUUGAUGUACCAAAUGCUGAAACAUUUUAUGAAAAGUUGAAAGGAUCUGCAAUCAAACUUUUUUAUGUACCUGAUGUUCCACCAAACACCUUGCCAAUGUUGUCCAUUGUACCAGGAACAAUGUCUCUUCAUCAGGUUGUGUCCUCCUCUGCAAAGGAGAUUACAUAUCGACAUGUGAGCUGCUUCUGCAAGCCUACAGAAAAGUUCAAAUGCAAGUGUUUCACAACAAGGCAUUUUAGUUUCCAUAAAGCAGAAAACCAACCAGCCAAGGAAAACUGCAUAACAUUGACAGUCUACUCACAAGAUUUAAAAGGGCAACACUGCAUCAUUGAGUAUGAUGGCAAACCAUACCCAGGCCUCAUUAUGGAAGUUGACGAGUCUGAUGUGUUAGUGAAGGCGAUGCACCGAGUUGGCCCCUUAUGGCAUAAUCGCUUCUUUUGGCCUACUAUGUCAGAUGAAUGUUGGUACAGCUAUGAUUCAAUAAUCAGACUUAUUCCAGAACCAGUGAAGAUUGGCUCCAGACACAGACAAGUCGAACAGAAAAUAUGGGAGCAAAUGGUCAAGAAGUAUGAAUGAAUCAUUAGAAUGAAUAAGUGUGAAAACUCUAUAGAUUUAAUGUACAAUCUUAGUUUAUAUUGUUUCAUUUUAAUAUUUUAUAGUGUUAAUGCGUUUAUAUUGUUUCAUUUUAAUAUUUUAUAGUGUUAAUGCUUUUGAAUCUGCUUGAUGAAUUUCAAAUAAUCUUCUAUAUUAUGAAUUUUUGGGUUACAUACAUGUAGCUCUUCAGAACAGAAUCACAUCCAUUUGUGGUGCUGUGAAGUCAUAUGUUUUUGCUUUUUUUUUAUAUAAUACUGCAUCAUUUAUGCCUUUGCCAUGAUUAUGCUGAACUUUCUUUGACAAAACUUUAUAUUAGUGUUUUGUUUGACCUGUAUGGCAGUUGCGUCAGAUUGUCGUAUACUGAUAAACAGCAUUUGUAUGGUCAAAUCAUUUCUCUGUAUGGUUCGUGGUAUUAAUUGUUUUAAUAUCACCAUCUACAAAUAUAGGAUGCAUUAGUUUUGUUGUAGUUCCUACUAUUUUUAUCUAGUGAUCUUAUAUUGUCAUCUAUGUUACCCAGCAUUCAGCUAAGUUACCCAGUGUUCAACUAAGUUACCGAAGAUAUUUUUAUGUUUAAAUGAAGAGCAAUAAGAAGAAACUGCAAAAUAUAGUGGUAUAAUUCACAUAAAUGUUACAGAUGCAUUAUAUCACUUUUUCUAAUUUAUACUACUAAGACUGUGAAUAUUAUACUACUAGUUGAGACAUGAAAUGCAAAUAAUAGUUUUUUGUAGUGUAAUUUGAAGAGAUUAUGAUAUUAUCUGCAAAGGUGAACCACUUUGUUUAACACUCGUUCCUCAUAAUAACUUUAGUUGAAUGUGUACAACAGCACUUGGUACAGAUCAGACAUCACAUGUUAAGAUAAAAUAUAUCGGAAUGUCUCGGUAACUUAGUGGACAUUUCAGUAUACGGUACUUGAUAUCUAGAUCCAAUGUGCAGUACUAUUUCACCCAUGAGCUCGGCUAUGAUACUCACUGUGAUAUGAAAUCUGUAAUGAAAUAAAUAAAAUAAUUUUUUUAAAGAAA